AUGCAGUAUAAAGCGUUUACUAUUGCCCUCCUUGGACUCGGCAAAAGCUAUGCAGCGCAUUUUUCACAGACAUGCAGCUCUCUGGACCUCCAAGGGUCUCUCCUAGUGGCCAAAUGCUCGGGGUCACCUAAUAAGUACUACGAUACUGUGGUUGACCUGAACAAGUGUGUGGGAAAUAGAGACGGUACUCUUAUGAGAGGGUGUAUGUGUUAUGGAAGAAAGGGGGUAAUGGCGCCGUCUUCCAUCUUGAACCUGGAUGAAUUCGUAACCAACGAAGGUGGAGUUUUGGUUUGUGACAAAGAGGACUAG